AUGAAGAGAAGAAGGACUGUUCUGAAACAAUUGGAGUCAGACCAGGAGGGACGUCAGAGCAUUGCCCAGGUCGUCUCUCUCACACGAGGUACUUUUCUUGCCUUUUUUCCAUACUUCAAAAGGAGAAAACAUAUGUGCGAGAUUCAUUCGGAUCUCUUGAUUGAAAUUCUUAUAAGAUUGCCAGCAAAGUCCAUGGUGAGGUUCAAGUGCAUCUCAAAGCAGUGGUCAUCCCUUAUCUCUUGUCGAUAUUUUUGCACCCGUUUAUUUACUAGGGUCACACGACAUCAACAACCACAUGUAUACAUGUGUUUAGUUGAUGAAGUCGGCGCCCAACGUGUGUUGUUAUCAAUAUCAUCAACGUCUUCUCCAGACAACACUUGUUAUGUGGUCGACCAAGAUUUGAGCAUCACAGGGAUGGGAGGCUUCUUCUUGAAUGUUGUCCGUGGCUUGAUGUGUUUCUCGGUUAGAAAAAAGGCAUGCAUCUAUAACCCCUCCACCAGACAGCGCUUGACCUUACCCGCCAUAAAAUCCGACAUCAUUGCUCAGCAAGGUGAAAGGAAGGAUACUCGGUAUUAUAUUGGACACGAUCCUUUUAAUGAUCAAUACAAACUAUUAUGCACAAUUGCUAUAUCCUCUGAAUUUUUCGAAAAUCUUAAGUCAGAGCAUUGGGUCUUUGUACUAGAAGCUGGAGGUUCUUGGAAAAAGGUUGUUCCGCUCAAGAAUUACCAUCCCCACGCUCCUUCUACAGUAGGACAUUUUAUCAAUGGAUCGGUAGUACAUUAUAUGGCUUGGCUUGAUAUGGAAACUUGUGCUGUUGUGAGUUUCGACGUUACGUCUGAAGAGUUGACCACCAUCCUAGUACCUCAGGAUGCCCGGGAUGUGGCUCUGCCUGCAGAUAGGGUGAAGGCGGGUCUUAUCGAGUAUGGUGAUAAAAUAGCUGUUUUCGAUCAUACCCACCUCAAAGAAAAGUUUUUGGUGGACUUAUGGGUAUUGAGAGACGCGGGGAAGAAGAUAUGGUCGAAGAAGAGGCGGUUUUUACAGCCUUGUCAAAAGCAUUUAGUCCAUGACAUUGAACUGAUAGUAAAAGGCACAACUCAAAAUGGUAAGGUUAUCUUGGCACCGGUGAAGAUGCAUUCUCAUUUAUAUAUUUUGUGUUACAAUAUGGGAAGCAAUGACCUUAGCAAGGUUGAAAUCAAAGGAGUACCACACAUUUGGUUUGAUAAGGAGUACUAUUUCGACUUGAAGUACUCUAUGGAUGAGAGUGAGGGCAUCAUCUACUUGGAAACUUGA